ACAUUCGUCAGUUCUUUACGUGACGCUUCCAACACACGUGUUUUCGCACACAAUCCAUCUGUUUAUAUUUAAUAACUACAUUUACAUGCAUAAUAAGGAAUUAAUGUCACUUUUUUUUGUCUCACUGAUGAUUGUGUACAUGUGAAAAAGUCUUUGGAAGUGACAGAUUGUUGAAUCGCAGCCAAAAAAAGCAAUCACAAAGCUUUGGGUGUAACGUGUGUUUCACUUUAAUGUAGUUUCACAAAACAUUUGAUUUCAAAUGUGACAAAAGCUGAAGAAAAAUAAAGAGAACUAACUUCAUCAGGUAAGUUUCAGUAUGUGAUGCACUUGAGUACAAAGACGUGAUGUGUUCAAGGUACAAACUGCACCCGUCACCUUUGCCUCAUAGGCCAACACGACAGUCAUAAAAACGUUGUUUGGUCAGAAAGACACACUUAAACUGUAGGAAAUAUUAUAAAGGUUUAUGAGUGUAGCUAAUCUGUGCAUGGGCCUGGGUGGCACAUUGAGCAGCACCUUUAAAAACCCAACAAAGAAGUGUCUUCAAUUUGGUCAAAUAUCAGAUGGACAACCGAGAGGUCUAACCUGUGAUCUUCAACUUACCCGCAGACAACAUUUCAAAGACUGGAAGUUGAUAUAGUUUUUAAACACACCAGAGCAAUAGAGGCACAUUGUGGACGGUGAUGAUGAAGAGGCAAACAAAGAUGGAAUGGUGCACAGCGUCUGUCUCUGCUUCAGAACCACAAACAAGAAGCACAUUGCCAUCCGUGGAAAACCAGCCAAAGAAUUCAAAUGACUGUUGAUGCAUGUUUAACGCAGUCUAAAGAACAUAAUCUGCUCAUUAGGACACUAGUGUGGAAACAGAAGUUAAGAACAUUCCAAGUGUAAAACAUAUGGUCUGCAUCUGCACACUCCCGGAGCUCCAACCUCACUCCAUGUCCAGCGCGACUCUUUCAGGCGUCACUACAGCACAGGGGAAAAAAAAGUAACAUUGUCAAAAUGAACAAUGUGGACGUUCUCACUGUCUGCAGUGGCUCCGCCCACCAACGUGACAGUGACGUGUCACAAUGCGCUGGCCAGCGUGGACUGGGAUUAUGGCCGAGACGAGGCGCCCACCAGGUUCCUGGUGUAUGUGGGAAGCUCAGACAGGUGAGACCGUCACGCCCACGCACCUUUUGUUGUGUCCCGUUUGUAACUCUUGUCUUCAGACUAUACCUGGAGACCGUGACGACGGAGCACAAGUGCAACAACGUGAGUGCCCUCGUGUGGGACUCGCUCGACAGCAUCAUGGACGUCCACUAUGUCACGCUGACGGCCGCACAGGGGGGACACUUCUCCACCAACGUGUCCAAGACGUUUACCUUCAACCAGCUGAAGAUGGCCGAUGUGACGUGCAAGCUGGACUUCCCGCCUGUGGAUGUGAGGGCAGACGACUUGGGAACCGUCGUGAGCUUCCCGAAUCCGCUCCGUUACUACCCGGAACUGAGACAGGUCACCUGGAGGGACGCUGUCCAUUUGGACUUCACUAUAUCUCCAAAUGGCCGUGACAUCCCAGGAUUGUGUCAAAUGGAACAGGAGACGUGCAGAGUGCAUAUGUUGUUCCCAGAGGGAGUGGACCAUUGCGUCACGCUGACAGGAUCCAUGAGCGACCGGGCCGGACGCUAUGUUGAAUUCCAAAAGACGGCACCUGCCUGUUUGCACCAGUCUGAUGCUUUGGAGGCAAUGACACUGGCUCUACUGCUGACUGUCUUGCUCAUCAUCAUCAGUGUGAUCGGCGUCCUAAUCUGGAAGGUGAGGGCGUGGACCACGAAGAUCACUAAAGAAGAUCUUCCAAAAAGUCUGGUAAGAUAUCCGCAUGCAACAACAGUGUCACACACUUGUGUAAAAAAAACCCCCAAAAAACCUUUGAACAUUCUCUCACAGCGACCAAGCCGCAUUUUGUCUAAAGGCGAUUGCAACAUGGACGCCAACUGCGUGGUGGAAAUGGUCUCUGGGGUGGAAGAAGUCCGGUUGAUCUCCCAGAGUGACGAGGAGGACUCAGAUGAGUCCACGUCAACAGAAAGCGUUUCCAUCCAUCCAGAGGAUGAGGGGCAGGUGGAGGAUGAACACGUGGAGGACGUACAAGAGGAGUCUGUUUACGAUCGCACACAUGUGGCGGUGGACCUGGGUGAUGGAGAUGCCGCUGUGGGGUACACCGAGGGAAGAAGGUAGCAGACAGACCUUCAUUGUGUGGAAACUUGAGAAAGACAAGCUGUCAGUUUAGGUGUGAGCCAUCAUCCCAAGACUUUUGUCUGGAGAUGCAUCUUGUGAUCCGAAUGUUUCCAGCUGCCACAAGCUGAUGACUUCUGGAAGCAGACAUUUUGUUUGUAUUCCGGAGAGCCACACCUCUCCCCUUUAUGGAAUGCGCCUUGAUUCAGAAUCACACCUGCAUGACACAGCGUUGCCACGGCGACCCACCAACCAGAAAAACAGGUUGCCUCGGCAGGAGACUCUUAGCUGUCUACUGUAUGAAAGUUGAUAGUGCCACUGAAAUAAAUGUGUUUUUAUUAUUUGUGUGGUUUGAGCUUCUGAAUUGUUCUGAUGCUCAGCAGCUGAACCAGCAUGAUCACAAAAAGAACGUGAUUUCAAACAAACAUCAUGAACCUUGCCAUUGGGUCUUCAGGGUUUGCUGGGUGGAGUCGUAAUCCAGAAAGAGCAGACGCUUCUAGAAAGCGUCUGCAGUUCUUGCUCAUGAAGUAAAACUAGUCCAGCUUUGACAACGUUACAGAUGUUUUACGACAGUUUGAGACCUUGAACGUUGUUCCUCAGGUUCAACAUCUGCUUCUCCUGACGCGCCUUUUCCUCCUUGAACGCCAUCUUGUUGGCCUUCUUCUCAACUCGCCUUUCCUGCAAACACACACAAUGCCCUGGAAGGUCAAGAGACCUGUAUGAUGGUAGCCAUAGAACAGGACAUUGAAACUAAUAGCAACAAAUGAAGCACGACGCAAUUAAAUUGCGUAAGCUAAUUUUAGGCCACUAUGUGACUGGAUGAUGUCUUGAAAGGGUGAGCAGUUUUAUUUCAGUUUGAUAAUACUCUUCUUUUUACACUUGGGCAACAAUCUUAAUAUGUGACAUGUUUUAUGAUGGACCCUGGAACGCAUUGUUACAGAUUAAAUACAGAUUUGUGUUUUUAUUAGCAUCAACUUAAAUAGUUUUCUAGUUACAUUGUCUUUUUGCUCUAUUUUUCCAUUUUUGCUGGGUUUUUGUUUAUUGUAUUUCUGUAAUGAGCCCUGUCCCACUUUGGACACCUAUGUCUAUUUCACCAGGAAGGCCAGGUAAGUGUGUCCAAGCUCUGCCUUCCUGGCACUCUUGGUCAAGGACCGGGUUGCAUUGUGGAGGGAUUUUUACAGCUUUCGGACGUGCCUUGCAGGGUGUUACGGAAGUGGAGCUCAAUCCCGCUCACCUGCUCGGCGGAUACUUCAACUUUGUUGAUGG